UCUGCAUGUUUGGGAGCCGCAGGAGCCCAGAAAUGUGAGGAGAAAACACCUCCUGCUUCCAUUUCUGCAGCAGCCGUCCACAGAGAGCCACAGAGAACCUGGAAGAACCUCAGAGGAACAUCAGAAGAACCUACAAGAUCUAAAAAAAAAAAUCCCUUUAAUGACCCGACAGGAGCUUCAUUGAUUCGACUCUGAGGAAGAAGACUCUUUGUGUGAUUAAAAACCAGGAUGACGACAAAGAUGACCCUGGACCCCUCAGCGCUGCCGGCCUCCACUGUAACCUUCGACCCCAAGUCGGAGGCGGUGACGCUGCCGAGGGGCGUGGUCUCUGUGGCGGGCGUUACCGUGGUGACGGGCGGCGUGGAGCUGUCCUGCUCCUCCUGCAUGCUGGCCUUCUGUUUCUGGGGACGCUCAUCGUCUGAGCUGCGUGCGGCCGUCGGUCUGCAGGUGAGGAGGCCGGCAGAAGGAACAUCCCUCCUGGCCCUCGGCCUCGUCGUCCUGGCGAUCAGCUUCGCCAUCGUGGUGGGCGUGGCCACGUUCUACCUGCUGACCAGGAAGAGGAGGGCGGUGACACGGGCGGCGAGGGAGGAAGGGAAGGAAGUCCUGGUGGAGAGUGGAAGGGUGAUAAAGAAAGUCACAGUGUAGGACACGGAAGUACCGCUUUAGGUGGUCAUUCAGUGUUGUUUUCUGUCUGGUUUUUUUUGUCUCAUUUUGCUCUUUAUACGCCAGAUGUUAUAUAUUUUAUUUCAAAUUUGUGACAUUUUGUGUCUGUUUUUGUUUUAUUUCAAAUUUGUGAUAUUUUGUGUUGUUUUGUGUCUGCUGUUAGUUUUUUUUUAGGUCAUGUUUGUGUCAUUUUGUGUCUGUUUUUGUCUUUUUUGUACCAAAUUUUUGACAUUUGUGUCUGUUUUCGUCAUUUUAUACCAA